AUGUCCUCCCCCUCCGCAUCGUCCGACUCGUUAUCCUCGAUCGGAGCUUCGACCGAACCUUUGCCCGCUUCCGAGGGUCCGGGACCGCUCGAUGAGUCCCCCUCCCCUUUCCCUUCAGCUUCGCAGCGCUUGCGAGAUGAGGAUGACGACGACGACGACGAGGCGGAAGAUGAGGAUGGGCCUCGGGACCCGGACGAGUAUGACGACUACGGUGUAGACGAAGAAGAAGAUCCGGGUGACGUGGAUGAAGCGGAAGAAGAGGAACAGGAUGCAGCACCUGCGAAUGCGCGCCUUCGACUGGACUCGAGCGAACGACCGAAUCGGAUACCGACCGUUCAUGCUCGACGGCGGAAGAGUGGGGCCGCGCCGGGGAGUGAUAGUUCGUUAACGGAGCAGAGCUCUUCUGAAGGCGAAGGGGACGGGGAACGGGAAGGAAAUUCUGAGGAGGAGGACGAGAGGGAGGAAGGGGAGAUGGACGAGGAUGCGGAGGUCACGCCUCGUGCUCCGAGGGUGAAUCAGCCUUCGCAGGACACUGAGGGGCACGAUGACGACGAGGACGACGAGGACCGGGACGAUGAAGAUGAGGCGGAUGUUGAGGAGGUUGAUGCGGAGCAGCAUUUGCUACGGAACGUGUCGUCGAGCAUGACGAGGGACGCGAAUGCGAGCACUUCGAGUGCGGGGAGCGUCUUGAGUGAUCUUAAUGAGCAGGCCCAGGAUGAGCGCGCCGAGCAAGACGAUGAGGACGAUGAGGCCGAUGUCGUGAUGGAGCCCAAGUACAAGACAGGUGGUGGUAGAGGACGUGGCGGGCGAGGCGGACGAAGAGGGGCAACCAAACGAGGACGAGGAUCAGGGAGGGGAGGGCGUGGUGGAUCCUCCAAGGUCGUCCGGCAGGACGAUGGCCUCGCAUACGAGUCGUCGUCUAAUGGAGCGAUGGACGUCGAUGUGGUAGAUGCUUCAACGGCUCAUCUCGACUCUGAAGCACUUUUAACACCCGUACCCGGAGAAGAGGGGGAUUCCGCUUCGCAAGGUAUCGAACCGGCACGCAAGUCGACCUCCAUAAGCGGACGGGGUGGACGAGGAAAGCGCGGUCGAGGGGGUCGAGGAGGACGAGGAGGAGCCGCUGCUGCUGCCGCUCGUGCAAGGAAACGGUCAUCGACGGAAGAGGAAGAUCCUAGUCAGGAUGCUUUGACACCUCUUGAUGCGACUUCCCCUAAUUUCACGCCUUCGUCUUCGAACAACAACCCCAAUAAAAGGCGGCGCGAGUCCGAGGAACCGGAACAGGGGGAAGUAUCUUUGGGUGCGUUGAUAACCGAUGAUGCGCAAGCCGCGGAAGUGCUGGAAGGGUUGCUUUCCGGCGAUGCUUUGCCGCCUUUACCCGGAGCUGACGUCGAAGAGGAAGAGGAAGGGGUGGAAGUCGACCAGGAACGCAAUGGGUCGGAGGAGGUCGAAGGUGCCGAAGAUGCCGAGGAUGCCGAGGAUGCGAAUGAAGGUGUUUUCUCGGGCGCUGGGGAAGGAGGAGAACUGCAUGAGGAAGAGGAGGCCGAUACACACGGUCCGACGAACGACGAGGCGGCGAUGGAUGUUGAUGGGGCAGAGGAAGCAGAGGACGAGGAACCCGAACCGGAAGUCGAGGCUGACGAGGAAGUGCUCGAGUCCCCCAAGCCUAGAGGGGUGGCAGGCCGCAAGGCAAUCUCGGUCAAGCGGAGUAAGAGGCGAACGAACGGCAAGAGCAAGCACGACGAGGACGACGAGGACGACGAGGAUCGUGGCAGUGAGGCCGAGAGUGCGGCGGUGAGCGAACACGAGGACGAACAGGUGUCCGACGAUGCCUUCAUGCGCAAGCGGGCUGAGGCGAUGGAGGCCUUGACCAAGAUCGAAAUUGCCUUCGCUCGAUUAAGGGAUCGUCUCUACGUCGAACGCAUGGCCGAAGUCGAGCGCGAUCGCCUUGCUGUCGAUACAGGCGCUCACCCCGAAUUGAUCCACCUCACCAACUUGAUCGAGUUACGUCGCGCGAGGAAACUCGAAUUGGCGCGCAACCAGUUCAAUAGCGUUUACCUUGGGUAUGAGAAGCAGCGCGAAAUGGCGGAGCAUAAGACGUGGGUUUGGUGGGCUGAUGCCCGAGCUGAGUUGAGGUCGACGAUGCUUGAUGAGGCCAAUUCGAAGCGAAGGAGGUUGGAACGGGAGAAACGGAAUCUUGAUCGGCCUCAGGAUAGUGAGUUGUUCAUGGGUUGGAUGAAAAUCAUUGGUGAACACCUGUGCUGACUUGGUUUCUUCGCUCAGACACUCUCUUAAGUGCGCUAGCUCCCAAGCUCACACCAGUGGUUCCGCUCCACCAUCGAAGACGGUUAGGGCUCGAUGGCGAGACGCUGUCCGAGAACGAUAUCGCCUGGGCUUUGCGACAUCGAGACGUCCAAGCCGAUCCCUCGGUCAGCGGGCUCGAAGAGGAUGCCGCGCUGAGCGACCUCGAGCGGAUGGGACUGCGGCAACCGAGCGUGCAUUCGACCGCCUACGCGUACGAUCCGAUAUACGGUGCACCGCCCGGUGUCGCUGCCUACGCUGAUCCCAACACCGGUGCACCCAUGAUGUCGCCAUACGGCUACGCGGCCUUGGCUUACGAAACAGCGCUAGGGGUCCCGUCGGCGCAAAUUUACGGCGCGGCCAUGGUCGCUCCACCACCACAACCGGCGAUGACGUUGAACUAUAGCCCUUCGAUUGCUGCGCCUUUGCCCCCUCUGCCUACGCCUCGUCGUGAGGCGAGCUUGCCCCGACCACCUUCGAAUCCGCUGUCGAACCCCUUUCCUCACGAGCCAAAUUACCAAGGUGUUGGUCGAACAUCGUCCUACCCAGGCUUUGGGGCUUCCAAUGCCGAAGGAGAUCGCACGCCUUGGUCAUCGAAGACGCCGGCAUCGCAGUUCAAGCUCGAGGAGAAUCGUCGACGAGCGCCGAGCGUACCUGGUACGGGCGGACUCGGCGAGCUCUCCGCUUCUGUUGAGAUUCAGCGAUUGCGCCAAUCUUACGACGACGCAUCGCACUCCAACUCUGUCCCCACGUCAUCCGGAGGCAGCGGAGCGAAUGGGUAUUCAUUGGAUGACCACAUGAAGUACGUACGAUCACCAAAAACAUCCACUUCGUCAUCGACGUUCUCCACGUCAGCGAACAAACUCGCCAAUCAGCACCACAAUAACGGCAUGUCAUCCGACGUCUCCGCAUCAAGUUCAACGCAUUCGACACCGAACCCGAACAGCCAGAAACGCGCUACACCCUUCAUGUCGAUCCCCGCGAUCCCACCGUACAACCCUCACCGACAUGCCGCCGCCGUCGCUGCAGCAGCGGCGACGAACAGUCCCACGAGCUCCAGCCUGUCGACCUUCGCAUCGACCAUAGAGUCUGGCGUCGUCCCACGCACCCAACAAUCCUCUUCCUCGCCUUCUUCGGUGGGCAAGGUCAAUUCUACGGCCGCUGUCGAUCCCGCGCCUCCCAUCUUGCCCCCUUUACUCUCCUCUUUGUCUGGCUGA